UACAUUGACAGACGAUUAAUAUUCCACGAAAAUGUGCGAGGUCACUGUUCUGUUUGACGGUUACUCCAAAAAGUUCGACGAUGGCACGAUGGACGCGAAUUGCACCUGCACUCUGAUAAAGGGCUUAAAAUUGAUCAUCGUGGAUACCAUGACCGCAUGGGAUCGCGAGAGAAUAAUAGAAGCGCUUACACAACAAAAUAUCGAACCAGCAAAUAUCGAUUACGUCGUUUGUACUCACAGUCAUGCAGAUCACAUAGGCAACAACAAUUUAUUUACAAAUGCCGAACAUAUUGUAGGUCGGUCUGUCCAGCGUGGUACUAUCUUCUCUGAAAACAAUGACAUUUUGCUCGAUGGAUACGAGCUCUGUCCAGGCGUUAAAGUUGUAGCUUCAGCAGGACAUACUCCGGAAGACGUCACCGUUCUUGUGGAUACCACAAAAGAUGGGGAAAAAACGCGUUUCGCUAUCACAGGAGACUUGUUUGAGAAAGAGGAAGACAUCCUCUCACCGUCCAUCUGGAAAUCGCUGGGCCUGCCGGAAAUGUUAAAGUGUCAAUCUCGCACUCGUUCUGUCAUAAUAAAUCUCGCGGACUUUAUAAUACCUGGGCACGGUCCAAUGUUCCGUGUAACGGACAGUAUGAGAAAAAUCGUGAAGAGUCAAAUAAUUGAGUGAAAGUGAAGAGAGAGAAGGAGAAAAAAAGAAGGUAUUAUAUUUUAUUAUUUAACUACUUUAUUUAUUUUUAUUAAUAACACUUUAAGCAAAGUCGUAUGUCACGACACAAAUUCAAUUCUUCUUUAUGAUCAAUAAAUAUGUAAAACUUUUUAACAAAAUUAUUUCAACUUUUGAAGUUUGAAUGAAAUUAGAUUCGAUAUAUUUUUACAAAUACUUUAUUAAACAUUGCAAAGUGUGGUACAUGGUAUCACAACAUUAUUAUACUCAUUGUAUGUAUACAUUGCAAUUAUUACACGUUACACCGGAUUCACAAACAUAUAUGUUUAUACGUAGGAGCAAUACGUUCUCACGCUUACACCGUGACUUUGUUCGCGGCAACAAACAAAAUCUUAAAGCAAUCUUGUCUUUCACGACAAUACACGUGCUUACUCCUUGAAAAAUUGUAUUUUCGCAAACCGAUGAAUUCUGAUAAAUAUAAUGCUAUAUUUAUUUAGACAGCCUCCCAUUCUGUAAGGAUUCGCUCUGCUAACAUCUACGCCCUACGUCCGCAAACAAUUUUAUCAAAUCUUCACAGCCAACGACUAAAUUAAGAAUCCUCUCGCACCUUCGUUCGACAUUCUUAUUCACGAAAUAUUUAAUAAUCGGUAGAACUCCUUUUCUUUUCUUUUUUGGGGGGGGGGAGGGAGAUGAGGGAGUACAACGUCUACCAUACUUUACUCUACCAUACAAUCGAAAUAUAUCGAUGCCAAAAAGCUGAUAAAUAUAUAUAUAUACAUAUAUAUAUAUAUUUUUUUUCGAGAGUAUAAAUUAAAUCGAGGAACAAAUCUGUCUUGUACAUUGUCGUAACUUCAUGCAGAAUGCACGAUUUACAUAAGACCCCUGGUCACCCAUUUUAAUCGCUUUGAAUCGUAAUGUUAAAAAUGAAGAGUGAACCUUUCUCCUUGCAUCAUACGUCGAAAUAAAUUAAUUUUCGCGACGUACGAAGCAAGAAAAUGUCACGUGAGUUUUCGCUGGUGACACAUCGCGAUCGCGGUGCGACUACAAAAGAGAUAAUAGGGACCGUGGAUCUUAAAGCAUCACAAUGCAAAUUGUAAAAGCGAGUGCCCCGCACUCCGUAAGUAGUACUUAAGGAUACUUUGUACAGAGCGACGAAAUCAAUUCGCCGACUGCUCCAGGUAUCUAAAUUAAGUAAGUUCUAUGAGAGAGAGACGAAAGAUUCGUUUAUGCUUACUUAGCUUCUCGAAACAACACGAGACACUCUCCUCGAAUAAUAUAAUAAAAUCGUGCGCAAAAACGUUGGCAAACGAAUCUACGUUAAACUCUUUCGGAUUCCUAUUACGUAUUUCUAACGAGCUAAGUCAGCUUUCGUCGAACUCUAUCGUUCUCUUUAAUCAUCGUUAUAUUCAGACGCACAAUGGAUAUCGAUUAGAUACAACUCGAUUUUUGCGCUAUAACAUAUAUAUAAUUAUGUAUAUCUUCGUUUCACCGACGUGUUAGCUACUGCGUAUAUGUAUAUGUAUGUAUCAGGACCUCACCAGUACUGAACACUAGAAUUAAAGCUUGCGAGAAGAAC